AUGCUGCCAAUCAGGCCACCGGGAAGAAAGCCCAUGACAAUGGCAGAGAAAAUUCUCGCCACACAUGACACCGAGAGACGAGGUGAGGUGCAACUAGGAGAUACCCUGCGUAUAGAUGUGGACUGGGUGAUUGCUUCGGAGCUGUCUUGGAAGGGGAUGGAAAGGACGUACGAUCUGAUGGGAAAGCCUGGGAUUUUCAGAAACGACCGUUUUUGGCUUGCAGGAGAUCACAGAGUCCAUCCUCGGCUGACCCAGGAGCCGCAAAUAAAGGCGUUGAUGGACGCCAGUGUGAGAGCGAAAAAAGAUUUCAAAAUGACCGAAUUCCAGGGAUUCAACUAUACCAUUCUGCAUACGGAAUUCUUUCGUGAACGCGCACAACCAGGGAUGCUAGUGAUUGGUUCUGAUUCUCAUACAUGUUCUGCAGGUGCCAUUGGUUGUCUGGCGAUCGGUUUGGGAGGAGCAGACGUGACGGUGCCACUCAUUACAGGCGAAACUUGGAUAAAAGUUCCCGAGAUUGUUAAUCUGCGUUUUAUUAACAGACCACCCCGCGGGAUUGGAGGGAAGGAUACAAUCCUAUAUAUCCUCAAAGAGUUUAAGAGGAACACAAUUGCUGCGGAUAGGAUUGUCGAGUUCACAGGUCCAGGCUUGAAGUAUCUUUCCCUUGAUGCUCGCUUUGCAAUCGCUAAUAUGACAACGGAGCUCGGGGGGGUGACUGGGAUUUUUGAGGCUGAUCAACGGACAUUUGACUUCGUCAAUCGCCGACAUAUGAAGAGAUAUAAGAACGAUUCGAACUAUUUCCGAGCAGAUCUAGAUGCAAACUAUUGCAAGAUCUUCGAGAUCGAUCUCGCGAAAGUAGAAGCUUUUGUGGCGAGAUUUCCGUCACCAGACAAUGUCGUUCCUAUUCAAGACAUCGCCGGCAUGAAGUUGGAAGGGUGCUUUAUCGGUGCGUGUACGACUGCAGAAGAAGAUCUCAUCAUUGGUGCGAUGGUAUUGGAGGAAGGAAUGAAACAAGGAAUGGUACCCGUGAAGGGAAGGAGACUGGUGAUUCCAGGAUCCAGGCCCAUUCGACAUAAGCUGGACAAACUUGGCUUUACCGAAAUCUAUCAGGCGGCUGGUUUUGAAGUCGGUGUUCCAGGCUGCAGUAUGUGCGUUGGCACAGGUGUUGAUCGAGCAGGCGAAGGAGAAAUGUGGUUGUCUUCGCAAAAUCGGAAUUUCAAGAAUCGUAUGGGAAAGGGAUCUGUUGCGAAUCUCGCAUCUGCAGCCACCGUGGCGGCAUCUUCAUUCAAAAUGGAAGUCACAAACCCGCAAUAUCUGCUAGAACGACUGGACGAAGCGCGAUUGACUCAAUAUCUGGGAUAUGACCCUUUGAUUGAUCGGAUUCCAGUUAGCAUAGGAAGCCCGAGCUUUAUGGAACCAGGCGGGUCAAGCACAGCUACAACACACGAAAUUGCCGGUCCAAUUGUAAGAAAGUCCACAGCGAUGAAGACAGCCAGGCCGUCAGAUGAGGCGAAGCCUAGCACGAUCAUUUCGGGGAAGGUCUUCAAACUUGGGGAUUUUAUUGACACGGAUGCAAUUGCUCCUUCGCAGUUCGCGAUGAGUUCCAAAACCCAGGCCGAUUUUGGGCUACACUGCAUGGAGCUCUUCAUGCCAGAAUUCAGACAAUUGGUGAAAGAUGGACUGAAUGUAAUUGUAGCUGGAGAAUCUUUUGGCUGCGGCUCGUCGCGCGAAGCUGCCGUCACCUGUCUAUUGGGGGCCGGAAUUCAUUGUGUGAUUGCAAAGUCGUUUUCUUUCAUUUAUGCCCGCAAUCAGCCGAAUCUGGGUCUUUUGGGCUUUACCAUCACAGACAAAGACUUCCACGAAUUGGCACAGCAAGGCGCGGAGAUCAAUAUAAACCUGUCGGCCAGAGAGGUUAUGAUUCAAGGCAAAAGGUUUCCGUUCAAACUCAGUGAAAUGGAGAAACAACUGAUUGCUGUUGGAGGAAUUACGUCGGCUUUCCAAGAAUUUGGAAAGCGACUGUUCGAGCGCAUGUGUUCUGGCCAACCGACUGUGGCUCGACAGAGACCACAGGACGAAAGACGCGAACUUUUUUAA